CUGCCUAAUUUUCCCGCCCAUGAGAUUGAGUCAAAAGUAAAGCAGUGAAUCAUCUGAAGGUUAAAAGAAAGACAAAAUUUCCUUAUAAAAUUCAGAUAAGAAUUCUGGGUUUGUUCGUGCCUUGAAAGAAAGCAAGAAUUUUCUUUUUCUUUUUGUUUGAGAAAAAUCUUGGAAGAGAAACGAACAAUCAUGGAGGAGGCUGUCAAAGAACAACAAUCUGCUGCUCAAAUUUCUGGGAGUGCAGGGAAGUCGAAGCUACGUUAUCCACUUCGAUCCUCAAUGAAACCAAAGGAGCAGAAGCCACCCGCGCCUGAUUUAUCCAAUUCUUCUUCAUCCAGAAGUGGGUUUGAUUUGUUUGGGGUUGAUAGGGGGAGGGCAACACCCAGUGUAAGCAAGAGUGUGAGUGUUCUAGAUCUUUCGAAGGAGAAAUCUGGGUCAGGAAAGCCGCCCAGGAGGCUUUCCAUCCCGACCAAAUCAACAGUGACUCCAUCCCCAAAAUUUGCUGGGACAACCACUCCUAUAUUCGAGGGUAGAGCAGCCAAGAAACCAAGCAAUGGUCAAGGCAAAAGUGACACACCACUUUCUGAUUCUUCUAGAUCAUCAACUCGAAGGAGGUUCAAUGUAUUGUCAUCAGCUUCCUACUGGCUGUCGCAGAUUAAGCUCUCUGAAUCAGCUUCUAAGCACUCUGUCUCACUUGGAUUUUUCAAACUUGCCUUAGAAGCUGGAUGUGAGCCCCUUCAGAAAAUGAGUGAUGAGCUUAAAUCCUAUAUACGUCGCCAUAAUCUUGGUGAAAAUGGGGAAGCUAUAAAUGAGCUACUUGAAAGCUACAAUGUUCCAGACAAUCCCGAGCAACCACAGGUGUCUGAAACCUGUUCACAGGUGCCUGAUGAGGGAACUCGGUCAUCGGAUGAUGAGGUUCACAGGGUUUCUCCCGUAGCAGCAGCAGCUCGGAGAUUGAAACCCAAGUCCUUGAAUACUGAUGCUGCUCAGGUAUCAUCAGUGACCAAAUCAGCAAAAGAGGCUACUCCAAAGAAUAAUGCUGCAAACAGGAAUAGGCUUUUGAAUAAGACCAGUUCAAAUUCAAGGUCUGUUUCGGACACUGGGAGUCGUAAGUUACUUACCAAAACUCCGAAGACAACCAAAACAGAGCCUGUUAAAGGAAAGGAAAAGACCAAGAGACAGGGCACCAAAUCAGCUGAUCAAGAAGAUCAGGUUUGCCCUUCGGCUGCAGCUGAGACUGUUGAAGAGGACAAAGAAAAUAUGGAUGCACCUCUGACAGGAGAAAGCAGCCUGACCGGAGUGAUGUAGGGGGCCAAUGCUCAACCAUGCUUUAAAUUCCAUCCUCUAUUGGGUUGUCUUUCAUGGGUUGAUGUUUGUAUAGGGUUUUAAACUUAUAAGUAAAGUGUUCCAAUCUGGUGUGAAGUCAAGACCUGUUCUUUUGUUUUUUUACUUAGGUUGUUGCUUUAAACUGGGAUUGUUUGUUUCUGGUAUUAUACAAUCACUUGAGGUACAAAUUGUAUCAAAUCAACCGACUUAUUUGUUAUUUUGUUAAUGUUAUUCAUAUGAUUUGACAUAA